AUGGGAGUUUACACUUUCGUGUGCAAAAGCAAAGGCGGAGAAUGGACCGCGAAGCAACACGAGGGUGACCUCGAAGCCUCUGCUUCUUCCACUUUCGAUCUCCAGCGCAAGCUUGUUCAGACUGCUCUCUCCGCCGAUUCCUCCGGUGGCGUUCAGUCUUCUUUCUCUCUCGUCUCCCCUACCUCCGCCGUCUUCCAGGUGAUUAUCGGUGGUGCUGUUGGAGGAGGAUUUGCCUCCGGAGGAGGUGCAGCAGCCGGAGGAGGCGGUGGUGGAGGUGAGCCCGCCGCAGCCGCAAAGGAGGAAGAGAAGAAGAAGGAAGAAUCUGAAGAGGAAGAAGGAGACUUUGGAUUUGAUCUCUUUGGUUAA